AUGGCAGUUAUAACAUGGUCGGAAGUUCGAACAUUACGUGAACGUCUUAGUGACAAUGAACAUGAAGUUAAUGAUGCGAUAUUCUCUAUAAAGGCAAUUCCAAUUAAUAAUUAUGAUCAUAGUAUAAAUUCUUCAUUACAUGAAUCAAUAGUUCAAGAAAAUACUCGUUUAAAAGAACGUAUUGAUGAAUUUAUAUUUAAUGAGAAAAAUCUUACUGAAUUAAAUGAAGAUUUACAACGUAGAAUUCAAGAAUAUGAAUAUCGAUUACAACGUCAUGAUAGUAGUAGUAGUAGUAGUACUAGUUCAAAUGAAACAGUUAUAACAACUAGUACUCAUAUGGAAACACUUCGAAAUUUAACAAAUGAAGCUGACGCAUCACAAAGAAAAUAUGAAGAUUUAGAAGAAAAAUAUGAAUAUGAAAAACAUGAAUUACAAACAAUGAUUGAACAAUUACGUGAGGAUGUUAUUGAUUUAGAUAAAACAAAACAAUUGUAUAUUGAUGUUUGUCAGGAGAAAAAUACAAUUGAAGAUACAUUACGAACAAAAUUUGAAUUUGAAUUAAAAACAAAAUUAGAUGAUUUAUAUAAAAUACUUGAACAAGACUAUAAUGAAAAGCUUUUAUUAUAUACAUCUGAUCCAAAAAAUAUCAAACCAGGAACAAUUAAUAAAGAUUUAGAACAAUCAUUAACAAGAUCGUAUGAAGAAAAUAAAAGACUAAAAGUUGAACACGAUAAACAAAUUACAGAAUUAAACAAUGAACUUGAUAGAUUAAGAACGAAUGAUGAUGCUAAAAAUCGUUUAAUCUAUAUUGAAAAAGAAUUUGAACAAUUAAAACAAGAUUAUUCGAAUUUAAAUCUAAAACAAAAAGAAUUAUUAAAUACAUGUUCAAUUCUUGAAAAUGAAAAUGAACAAUUCAAACGAGAAAAUGUUCAACUGAAACAAAAUUUUGAAAAAGAAAAAGAAAGAUUUUUAAAUGAAAUCAAACAAUUAAAUGAAUUAGCUGAGUAUCAAAAACAAGAAUUAUCAUCUUUACAUAAUAAUAUUGAUCAUAAUCAUACGAGUUUAAAACAAGAAAAUCUUCAAUUAAAAGAAAAUUUUGACAAUGAAAAAGAAAGAUUUUCAAAUGAAAUUAAACAAUUAAAUGAAUUAAUUGAACAACAAAAACAAGAAUUAUCAUGUUUACAUGAAAAUACUGAUCAUAAUCAUAUGAAUUUAAAACAAGAAAAUCUUCAAUUGAAAGACAAAAUUGACAAUGAAAAAGAAAAAUUUUUAAAUGAAAUUAAACAAUUAAAUGCAUUAACUGAACAACAAAAACAAGAAUUAUCUUCUUUACAUACAAAUAAUGAUGGUAAUCAUAUGAAUCUAAAACAAGAUAUUGAAUCUUUACAAUUACGUAUAAAUAAUUAUGAAAAUGAUAUUACACAAUACGAAGAAUUACGUGUUAAAUUAGAAAAUAAUUUACAAAAGUUAACAAAACAACGCGAUACAUAUAAAAUGGAUUUAAAAUUAACAAGAGAAAUAUUAACAAAUACAGAAAAUGAAUAUAGUCAACUUAAAAUACAUUUUGAUGAAUGUGAAAAACAAUUACAAAAUACUAGAGAACACAUUAAACGAAAUCAGUUACGAUCACCAUUACCAACUAUUCAGGAUACUGAACAUGAAUAUGAGGAAAAAAUACUAUCUCUUGAAUCUGAAAAAUGUAAAUUUGAACAACGUUUACAAGAAGCAAAUCAAGCACUUGAUUUAGCCGAUUCUCAUUUACAACAAGAAAUUCAAAAAAUUAGAUUAAGUCUUGAACAAGAAUAUAAUCGUCGUUAUGAACAUGAUCAAAGACAACAUCAACAUGAGUUAGCACAAUUACGAAAAGAAUUAACUAAUCCAACUGAAAAACAACAUGUUGUUAAUACAUCAAAUAAUAUUUAUCAAGAUACUGAAGAUAUUAAGAAAAUGUAUCGAACAGAAAUUGAUCGUUUAUCUCAUGAAAAUAUUGAAUUAAGUCAACAUCAAGCAAAACUUAUUGAUACUCAUCAAAAACAAAUGCAAAUAAUGAAAAAAGAAUUAGAUGAUGGUUAUAAUAAUGUUAUUAAUGAAUUUCAACAUGAACAAACCCGUUUACAGACACGAUGUGAUCAAUUAAAACAACAAUUAAUAAAUGCACAACAAGUUAUUGAACAAUUAAAAUCCAAUUUAAAUCUAUUAAGACCAAAUCAAUUUGAAUAUGAUGAUAAAAAUCGAAAGGAUAAUUUACAAGCUCGUCUUGAAAAUCUUAUUAAAUUACUUGAACAAUCCAAUGAUGCAUUGAAUCAAGAACGAAUGUUACAUGCUAAACAAGAACAUGAAUAUCAACAAACAAUAUCGUCAUUACAAAAGAAAAUCGCUGAUAUGAUAAAACAACAUAUCGAAGCGGUUGGUGAAAUUAAACGUGAACUUUAUCAUGAACGUUCAACAAAUACAAGACAAAUGGUACCACGACCAACAAGUGUGCCAGAAUUUGCAGAAAACGAUUUGUUAGCAGAUGAUAUGAAAUACAAUUAUCCUACUACUAUUGCAAAAUUACGAGGUAAAAAUCCCAUAUUAAAGAAAACUUUACCAUUCAUUCAACCGAGAGAAAGUUACAACAGCGCUGUAUAUGGACAAUCUCGAAUCCCAAUUAAAAAAACAAAUCCAAAAUGA